UCUCUCUCUCUCUCUCUCUCUCUCUCUCUCUCUCUCGCUCUGCCUCGUGCUGUAGUAUGAUAUACAUCCCCUUCUGUCCUGUCCACGCUACACACUCAGAACGGUACUGAACACACACCGAUCACUGUGGGAUUUACAGCCGGUCUAAACUGUGUGUCGAGCCCUGUUUGGAUACACCAUGACUGAACAUGACCCAGACCUGAGAGCUGUAGUGCAGGAAGUGUGGGACAACGAUAUCAAUCGCCUGAGACCUGGGACAGACUACCGCAUAUCUCUGCAAAGUAAAGCAGCUAAUCUGUCAAACCUCAACGAUGGGCAGGAAGCAGCUGGAUCUCCUUUGUUCACGUAUGUGGAUGAAAGCAUUUUUAAAAAAGAAACGUUCUUGGCUUUUAUUUCACUUCUUGAUAAUUAUGAGAGUGAUACUGGUGUACCAGAGGUCGUGACCCCGGAGGAGGAGGUGGAGAAUCACAGGUUUCUGGACUCCAUAAUGAAGACUCCUGUAAUGAAGAUUGUCCAUAAGUAUCUUGUAGAGAAGAAUCUCUCUCCACUCGACACUUCAGCGUUUAAAGAGCAGCUGCACCGCAUCUGGUUCGAGCUGUACGCCAGGAGAGGAUCCAGCAAACCAGACUCGUCAGGGUUCGAGCAUGUCUUCGUAGGUGAAACUAGAGGUGGGCAUACUGUUAUCGGGUUCCACAACUGGAUUCAGUUGUACCUGCAGGAGAAGCUCGGCCACAUCGACUACAAAGGCUACAGCGUGGAAGCGAAUUCCCCAGAACCUGACGAGAACAAGCACCUCUUAGCUCUUCAGUUUAGCUGGAAGAACGGGAUCAAGCCCAAAGGGAGCAUCUUCAUUGGUGUGAGCCCGGAGUUUGAGUUCGCCCUGUACACCCUGUGUUUCAUCACCUCUCCUAACGAGCGCGUCAAAGUGUCUUUCAGUCUUUACGACGUGGAGAUUGUGUGCCAUCACUACAACCAGAAGCACAUAGGAACAACUUACCCUGUCCUCAUCAGAUACCAGGAUGUACAGUGAGCAGGAAGGGCCUCAGGGGUUUAUAGCUAUGGGUUAUGACCUCUGCUUUUAUAUUUUAAUCUGCAAUGAAAAUAAAACAAGAAACAUUGCAGAAUUAUUUAUAUUCCUGCUUUUUAUUGUUCUAGAUAUGUCAUCUCAUCAUGUUAUUAAUUAUUUAGUACAUCACUCACUCAUUCAUCCCUAUUUUAUUCACAUGGACUUUACUAUUGACUGGGAACAAUUCGACUGAGCUGAAAGAUUAGACUUUAACAGAGUUAACAGAAUACUUUAGCAUUUUUUCAAACUAAUUAAUAUUGACUGCAACUACUGUAGAAUAUAUAUAUAUAUAUAUAUAUAUAUAUGUAGAAUAUAAGUUAUUUUGACACGUGAAAGAACAGGAAAUUCAUCAACUUGAGACUCGUCUAUGGACGGUGAUUAGAUUCUGUCAAAUGUUUAAAACAUCAUUUUAUAAUGUGAAUUCAAAACUACAUUUUACCCUCACACUGAGGUCUU